AUGUUCUCCGCGUUUGUUGCCGUGCUUUGUCGACUAAUCGCGCCUUCAGAUGCAAGCUACUCCUACCAUCCUUCCAUACAUGAUGAGACUUUUGUGCGGCGGAAGCAGCGGCGUAAUCGCACCACGUUCACGUUGCAACAGUUGGAAGAGCUGGAGACUGCCUUUGCUCAAACCCAUUAUCCGGAUGUGUUCACACGCGAGGAUCUGGCGAUGAAAAUAAAUCUGACGGAAGCGCGCGUUCAGGUUUGGUUUCAGAAUCGCCGCGCAAAAUGGCGCAAAGCCGAACGCCUUAAGGAUGAGCAACGCAAGCGCGAGAAUGGCGAGAGUAGCGGUUCGCUGGAUAAGCUUCGCGACAGUCGCGAAUCAUCGCCUGACAUUACGGGCGAAAUUGACGAUGACGAACCUUCGCUGCGACGCUCUUACAGUCCUGGUCCCCCAUCGGCCAGUCCGCAUGCCAUGGACUCGGAUAAUGAACGUCCGCUUUCUUCCACGCAACUAACCACUCAAUCGGCUUCACAGUCCCUUGGCUCGAUUAGCGCUGGUUCGCCGUCGCCUAGUGCGCGUGCCACGCCUCAACAAUGUCCCAAUAGCCCGACUUCGAAUUCGCGCCACACUGAUUCACCGAUCGAGGUUGGCGGUCCGAUUUCGUUGACUUCGCGUACAUCGUCCGGCACCACGCCCACAUCGGCGCUGCAUAGCACGCCUACUUCAUUUGGUAGUCAUAUCUUCGGCAAUUUUGGCGGCGAUAGCAAUGGCGGCUUUCGUCCCGUGCUCAACGACAGCACUGCCAGCGUGGUCGCUCCUGGUGCGGGCACACAACGCACCACUGCACAUCCACCACUCUUUCUGCCACCACAUUUGGCCUCGCUCAGCUCACAGUUUACGCAUCAGCCACUCUUUCCCGGUCUAAAAGGUGUAUCUCAAUUCCCGGGUCUCUGCUCGUGCUGCUCCCUCAAACCACCGCCGCCACCACCCAGCGCCUCUUCGGUGGGCGCCGCCGCUGCAGCCGCCGCCGCUGCAGCCGCCGCCGCUGCAGCCGCCGCAGCUGCUGCUGCCGUCUCAUCCUCCUGCUCCUCCUCCGUCUCCGUCAGCGCCGCCAACGUGCCCAUAACAUCUACCGCUCCCUCCGCCAGCAGUUCGCCUGAUUCGCCACCGAACUCUAUAUCUUCGAUUGGUGGUAGUCAGUCAGCAACGCAUAACAAUCACGAUGCACGUUCCAGCUCGGUAGCCGAACUGCGUCGCAAGGCGCAAGAACAUUCAGCCGCAUUGCUGCAAUCGUUGCAUGCCGCCGCUGCAGCUGGGCUCGCCUUUCCUGGGCUCCAUUUGCCGCCGCUCUCAUUUCAUCAUCAUUCCGCUGCGGCGUUGAGUAAUGCCCCCGCUGCUGCUGCAGCAGCUGCCGCCAACAAUAACAACAAUCACAAUAAUAAUAACAACAACAAUGGCGUGCGUCUGAAAAGUGAAUUGGCACAGGAUAUGACCGCAAGCACCAUAAAUGGCCUAGCAGCUGCGGCAGCGGCAAGUAAUCAUCACCACAGCAUCGCCAGUUUGACGCUGCUUGAUGCGCAGAGCGCUGCAUAUCAUCAUCAUCAGCAGCAGCAACAGCAACAACAGCAGCAGCAGCAGCAACAUCAAAUGUCACAAGCUGUGUUGCAUCUACAGCAGCAACAACAACAACAGCAGCAGCAACAACAAAAUCAACUAUCGCCUCCUAUAACGCCGACGCACACGCCCACCAACCAUCGCCAAGAUACGCCGCCAAAGUUUGCGAAUGGUGGAGGUGCAGCAACAAUUGCUAGUAGCAUCAUCACGAAGAGCGAAUAAUAAAGAGAGGAGGAGACAUGAGCGUGAAGAGAGUGACUCAAAGAUGAUGAGCCAAGAAUAGAGUAGAUACAUUUGGAAUAAUUUGUAAAAUAUCUGAGCUGAUCUGCGUGCUAUGCCAAUGCAUAAGGUUUGAUUUACUUUAAUUAAGGUAGUUAGUACAGUAGUCUCCGGCUGAUUGGGCAUGAUAAAUUUCACGCAUUUCUAAGUUUAACGGGGAACCCAAUUUACAGGAUUCCGUCAAAAGGAAGCCCAAUUUUUUUAAUGAGUUAUUGGUUGAAAAAGAGGGAAAAUCAUGCAAGCGGGAGUCAACUAGCAGGGGCAUACUGUACUAAAUACUUAUAAAUACAUUAGUAGUGUAAAAAGUAGUUCAGUUUUACAUUAGAAAUAGAAAGAAGAAAGAAUAGAAUAGAAGAAUAGAAAGAAUAUCAAGAAGAAUGUUAAGGAAGUAGUAUUUAAAUGUUAAGGAAGUAGUAUUUAAAAGUAAGUAAAUAUUAAGCACCUAAGCAAAAAAAUAAAAAAUUAGAAUUAAUUUCACCGCAAUUUAUUUAAACGCUUUUUCAAUAGUAAAAAAUUUAAUUUUUCGUCGAUUAUUCCUGCUUUCUACCUGCACCCUGAUGAACCGCUGCACCAGCAUUGUACAAAUUUAAUUUAUCUCGCAUCGACGCAGAGCAAAUAGCAUCCUCACCAAGUUGAAACUCGUUGUACAUGUGGUUAGGACUGGGCACUCUAGGCGAUAGUUAGAUAAGAUCAAUCACUUCCUAUCAUCUGGGCGUAAAAAAUGUUGGCUUAGUACCCACAAUCAAUAUAAAUACUUAGCCAUCUUGACAGAAUACAAUCCCAUAGCCGGUAUCCUCUCGUGUAGCAUUAGCUGCUGUCCCAAAUUUUUUGCUGGAUCAAUCCGAAUUUUCGGUUCUCACAGUAUUCCACAAGACUGGCCGCCUUCCUCGGAGGUGGUGGCAACAAAGAGUCGUAUGGAAAGUACGCGGAGGCAACAAUGAAGUGUUUCCACCUAUUUUUGCCCUUGAAGCCCAAUCUCGCUGUUUUCUAGUCCUUUCAGAGGAACUGUGCAAAUUUGGCCGCAGUGAAGUGAGAAGAUACUACAUGCAACAUGUCCGAGUUUUCGUAAACCACACGGUUCACAGGGUUUUUGUUUGAGCACCCAGGGCUCCAGAUUGCUGCAAAUUUAGCUGAGUAUCCGUCACUGGGCGCUACCAUGAAUCGCCUUGACCAUUCAUUUGGGAUGAGGCGCUUCCAAAAAAGAAACUCCGGCGAUUCCGUUCUCUAAUACUUUGCCUUAUAGUUUCAGAUACUCAUCUUCCAUUGAUCAGCUUUCACCAGCCAGCGAUUUUGGAGCUACCUCUUCUAUGUAAGUGUACCAUGCUGAUGGCUCACAAUGGUCUUAUAGUUCAUUAGAAGUUCAAGCUCUGCGUUAUACCGCAUAUUAUAUGAAAUGAUAAUUAGUAUCGUGCUGUGAAUUCAGAAUCAGUAGUACUGGUAAGCUCAACUCCUACAUAUUUGAAACUUUGUACCGACUCAAAGAAGAGGUGCCCCACAUUGAGUCAUAGAGCAUAUCGCCAAAAAGGUAGAAGCCGUUAUUUCCAAGACACCAAUUCCUCAUCAUACAUCUUUCUAGAUGGGUCAAGCCCAUAUGCUAAGUCACCACGCUUGUUUCAAUUUUAUUUUCGUUUAACAACUUCAAUGACAUUCCGCCAAAAAUCAAAGUUAGGGCGGUGCAGAUAGGCGAGAAAUUAUCCAUCAGCUCACACUCUUUAAGGCAGGAAGGGGAAAUAGGUUUGUGAAGUAUUUCGAUCGUAGUCAGAUUUGUCUGUCAGGAAAAGUAAACCGUCAACAGUCCCACAAGUUGUCUGUAGUCACAUGUGCUCAAUGAAAGCAAUGACCUAGUUGGACCUUCUGAGAUAGAAGGCAACCUGAAGUUUUCCCACCAACAUCAGUCCCUCAAUGUCUCCCAGUCAUUUCUGAGUAAGGCACUUACCAGGUUUUUGUUGUUUCGUAAAAUGACCGGAAGUGAGAAUGGAAUACCUCAACGGAUCACCCUUAUGGUGAUUUCGUUUCUACCAAAAAAAAUUCGCCUUUUGAUUGCCCCUUUCACUUUUCGUCUUCGAUUCUAAAUUAAAGGCAAAAGGUGAGAAAAUUGUGUGUUCGUUUCUUAAUAUGUCACACUCGUGUAAUGCAAAAAAGGCUCAUUUUCUGCCCUGUGAAGCUUUGUCAGGGGAGAUGGUUGCCCUUAAAAUGAGAUGGUUGUUUAAAACAACAACAUUACGAAAUGCCUGAGCUAGACGAGGGCAUGAAGGCAAAAAAAUGCUUUCUUACAGGGUUGGGAGUAUGUAAUAUCAAACACAUUUAGCAACGAAAUCACCAUUAGAUAUUAACUCCAGAUCCUUAUAGAGAGUCAUUUUCAAAGCCAUAGGCCAAGAUUCAACAAAGUGUAAUCACUUCCCCAGUGCUGGAUUAAAAGCGGCAUUUUGGCUCAGGGAAUUAAGCGUUGAGCUGUCUCUUCAGAAAUGGUAAUGUGGACGUCCUAUUAUGGGGCAUUGAAAAGGCACUUGUGCCUAGCUCGCUGCCACCAGAAAUCUUCGCCUCGUUUCACUCAGUAAUACGCAUGCAUCUCUUUUAAGUCCACCCCAAGUAUAAAGGCAUUACGUCUAAGCAGAUUUCACACCCAUUUAUUGACUGUCUGCUCCGCCAUACCACACCCGGAAAUCGACUUACAUAAAAAUAACUUUUCUUCGAAAGAAAUCUGGAAAGUGGCUCAUUUAAGGCAACAAAGCUGUCCAACCUUAGCCCUCAGAAUUUUCACUCUCCUGCAACCAACCCCUAGAAUUAUAGAAUAUAAUAUUACGCAUUCCUCCGGGUUCCCCUGUCCCUCUACAUCGUGGUUUUACCCCACCACCAUCCAAACAGCUAGGCAUGGGUAACUCAGAAAAAUUUUUGCGAGUUGCCUCAAUGGCAAUUUAGUGAGUCCACUGAUUUGAAACUAAUUUUGUCACAUUUGAUAUUGAAUGUUGAGAGUAUCAACGCUCCAAAAAGAAAAACCGGUGUUCUACAUAUAUUUAAGCCGCGCUGACCAUACUCAAAGCCCAGGAAGUAAAUAGUUAGUCAAGACAUGGCUGCUCUUAAGUGAAUAUUUAUAAUGCCGUGCAGUCUCCUUGACUUAAUGGCUUGAAUGAAUUUAUACCCUGGACGAGACCUUGGCUAUCCAAUAGGUAACUCAACGCGGUGUGUCACCCUAAAGCUUCUCACGAUGCCGGAUUAUUAGCGAAUGCGGUUCAGUUUUUUUCAACUUUUCGUUCAAAGAGCGAACGAAACUCCUCGACAAAACUCCUAUCAAAUAAUCAUUUUUUGCUUUCCCAUUAGUUAUCAUCUUUGGACUAUACUCCUUUUGGAAUUAUUUCGACUACGAUACUGGUUUUGCUUUCGUUUUUUUUUCUAUAAAAGGAAAUCUCUUUACUAUUAGCAAAACUAAUUCAACGAACAAGUUACGCGGUACUGAAUUGAAAACACCAACAGAGCAAUGCUAAAAACCAUUAAUCUUAAAUUCAAAACACGUUUUCACAAUGCUAACAAUGGAUUGCAUAUAAAUGAACGAAGAAAUAAUUGUAAGCAUAAAAUAUGUAAUUGAUUACAGGCAAUAAUGUAAAUAAUUAUUACUGAUUUAAAAAUUUAAAAAAGCGAUACAAUAAAAAUGCGGAAUCGACACGGAGAAGUACUAUAUUACAAGCUUUUAUUAAGCUUCACCUGUGUGUAAACAAAUCGUGCAACCAAUUUUUAACCAGCUCCACGAUGAGUUAGAGACUUGAAACUUCAAAACUGGGUCAGAACCGGAUUACAAUGCCAUAUGAAAGGUGAAUUAAUCCCCUAGGUGGCGCAGAUGUCAAGAUAUUUGAAAACCCCGUAUUUAUAGUCCGAUAUGGUUCAUAUGUAGAACGUAUAUUGCAUACAUGAAAUGAAUGACUCCACAAAAAAAUUUGCCCAAUAGGUGGCGCAUGAGUCGAUACGUAUGGAAAAACCGUAUUUAUGGUUCGAUUUGAAUCAUAUUUAAAAUAUGUGUAUUAUUAAUUAAGUGGAGAGAAAUAAAUCCAUAAAAAAUUUGGCCUUAAUGUGAUGCGGGAUAGAUUUUUUUAACCACUAACAAAAGCUGGUCUUAAAAUUAUUAUUUUUUAAUUGCUUUUUUGUGUAUAUAAAAAUUCGUAAGAUUGUAUGAGUGUAAAUAUGUA